GUCUCUGUGUGGCGACAAGUCACUCCACCACCACUUGUGUGUGCAUCGUACAAUCCUCGUGAUAAUGGCGCAUCGUUUCCUAACUGGGAUUUCCCAUGGCAUAGAUGAGACUAUCCACCAUGGCCUCCACCUCCUCCUCGACGCUCGCGAGUGCGAACCAGCUCGUAUGGUAUGUCACUGGCACGUCCUCGGGCUUUGGCGCACGCCUUGUAAGCCUCCUACUCGACCGCGGCGACAAGGUCAUCGCGACUGGCCGCUCGCUUGCACGACUCGACUUCCCUCCGCACGAGAACCUGCGGUUACAGCAGUGCGACGUGACGAUCGGACCCGCGAAGCUCAGGGAGAAAGCUGCGGAGGCUGUCGCGUUCUUUGGGAGGGUCGAUGUCGUUAUGAACAAUGCUGGCGUGGUAUUCAAGGGUAUUCUGGAGGAGGCGGGGUCAGAAGAAUUGAGGAAGCAAUAUGAUGUGAAUUUGUUCGGGCAAUUGGAUGUCACGAACGCAUUCCUGCCGUAUAUGCGCGAGCGCCGCUCUGGGACGAUCGUUCUCAUGGGGAGCAGGACAGGCUGGUGGCCUGAGAAUCCGAUAGGAGGUCUCUAUGCAUCAUCGAAAGCCGCCCUCCGAGUGAUGGGCGAGACCCUCGCCGUCGAGCUCGCGCCUUUUAAUAUCCGCGUGCUCAUCACUGAGCCCGGCGCGUUCCGCACCGAAAAUAGCUUUAGCCUGCCAAUGUACGAAGACAAUCGGAUUGCAGAGUACGAUGCCGUGCGCGAAGAGAUGAAGAAGCGAUAUGCGCGUGUCGACGGACAUCAACCUGGCGACCCCACGAAGGCCAUGCACGUCGUCAUCGAUGUCGUCCACGGAGAGGGUGCCGCUGAAGGGAAGGACUGGCCGCUGUACCUACCGCUUGGGCUGGAGGCGGAGGUGGCGAUCCGAGACAAAUGCGGGAAAGUGACGAAGGUGCUGGACACGUGGGAGGAUGUGAUCCGGGAUACGAGGCUGGAAAGCCCGUUGGUCAUCUCAGGCUGAUGUUUGCGACGUGUUCGCGUCGCAGGUGUAGUGGGAGUGUGUUCUUGGACCGUAUAACCAUCAGCGGCGUAGCGCAGCACUCUCUCCUCUGGUAUAAGCGACGUUCUAGCCGUAAUAUAUGUGGCAUUCCUUGCAU